UUCAAAGCGACCUCGCUUCUUUCUCACGUUCGUCUAUCGAAUCGAAGUUCGUCGAUUCCACCAGCUAUCGAUGCCAUGAUCGAUGCCACGGGACAUCGAUUGGGAGGCUUGGCUUGUGUUUGUGCUUGUGUUUGUAAUUAAUGUACCGUUUUGUAAGAAACAGCUUCUAAAUAUUUACAAUCCCAUGAAACGAAUUUGAAUCGAACACAAAUCACAAAAUGAAGAAGUCUCCGUUGAGUACCCCGAGCGGUAGCAAGAUCAGACAGAACUAUAGCUGGAAAUCGCGCGAUUACAAGAACAGAACAGGUUAUCAUUACGCUAACAAUAAGAGUGAUAGUUAUCAAUAUUCUGCGUCGAACGGUAGCCAGGCUUGUCAGUCAGGGAAUGAUUUUAUUCCCUUGAGCAUCAGUUCACCAUUGCCAGAGCAAAAGAGAUUGAACGAUAGUUGGCACAAUUCUGGAGGUGGAUACCGUAAUUCAUCUGGCAGUGGUGCGUUUAACCAUUACAGGAACAGUUAUCAUUCAACCCCAAAGUCCAAUUUCAAUAAUUCCUACUCUCCUUACAAGCUAUCUGGCAAACAGUUCUAUGGCCAGAAGAAGGGAUAUCACAAAGAUCCCAGAAAACAAGUUAACAUAUCAAAUUAUAUAGAUAUGAGAUCAUUUUUGGAGGAUCCUUGGGCAGAGUUAACAGAGAAACUUAAUAAAUCUAAGGAAACUGACGAGGACGAAUCUCUUGAGAUUGAUAGUAAAGCCCUAUCUAAUUUAGAUAGUUCCUGUCUUAGCCCGGAAUCUAAACUGGAAUCCUCCAUAGAUGUAACGUUGGGAUUGGACGAUACGGAUAUCAGUGAUAUCUCGAGAACUGAGAGUUCUAUAGAUUUGAAGUUAGACAGCGUGAAAGUUAGUCAAGAGUCGAAAGAUGACAGUUCUUCCAGUGUUAACAGUGAGGAUGCUAAUAACGAAACGAAUGUCAGUGAUAUUUGUUCUGGGACGAGUAUAAUUCGAGAUCUUGCGUAACAGUGAGAGAGAACGAUAGAUUUAAAGGAAUUAGUUUAGCGCUAUAGGGAAUAGUUCAUUUCGAGUUCUAUCAUACAUUAACAACUGUACAAAUAAUUGUAUGUUUGUACAUAGGCAAUGCAAAAUCCAUGGAGAUACUUGUUUCAAGCAUUUGAAACGGAGUACAUGGAUGGAAAGUAACAAAAAUUGUUUUUAGUUUCUAAACUAGAUCUAUUGCAGGAAUGUAUAUGAGAAUUUUAAAUUAUAUAUUUUCACAAGAGGGCUGUGAAAAAAUGUAGUUUGCAAGAGGAAUGAUUCUACGUGUGCAAUUAUUUGAUAUGUACUAGGUAGAGUAUAUAUAUAUGGGAACACUAAACACCAAUUUCUUCAUUAAGCAAUUAUUGUGAAAUUAUAUUAAAAAAAAAUUGUCAGCUACAUCGAUUUUAAUUUGAACUCUUAUGUUUUUACACGUAUGCAUGUUACGUAAAGAAUCAAUCAUGUAUACUGUAAGAUACGCAAUAGACGAACGUCUUCUGUUAUAAGCAAAUGUAGAAUUAGGAUUGAAUAAUCAUUAAUCAUGUGCAAACGUAAUCUCUAACGUAAAUCCACAGUAAUAAUUUCAUUAGCUUUAAUUAUCAUUAUGAUUUAUUAUUGGAUAGCGAGUAAUUGUAUCUUCUAAUUGAAAGAAUUUUUUGAAUGAACUAGAUUUGUACCUUAGAGACGAUAACAUCCUAAUAGGAAUGUUUAUCUCCAAUUUUUAUAGCACUUGAACGUGCUAACUCGAUGUACAAACGACAAUCUAGGUACAAAAUUUAUCAAACUUAAGACGUUGUCCUAAGCUCGUUUCGGACUUGUGAUUUUACAUGGUCUAGUAAUACAUAAUUGAUGUUUAAAGACAAUUGUACAAGAGGAAACUGUAAUUAUACGUAUAAACUAUAAUGGUAUAACGAA